UUCUAUUGACUCUUCAUGAGAAAAUCCGACAAGUAUAAAAUCACGCUCAGACAUGCACCAGCUACAGAAGUGUUUCACAACUCUAUUCACCAUCGUUUUUCAGUACUUUUCGCCAAUAAGAUAAGAUAUUCAGUCAUGAUUCUGCCAAUAGUAGCUUCUCUAAUGCUGUUUUCAAUAUUGGAAAUCGACGCUAAGCCAACACCGUUCAUAGUGGCUUCACAAAGGUUUGGACGACCAACAGUAAUUAUAAAUAAGGAGAUUACAAAGAUGGUUGACGAAGGUAAUCAAGAAAUCUCAGCAACUCCGGCCAUUGGACCUCCGACAUCUAGAGAAGAUCAUCCAUGGGAAAGAGCAGUUAGGUCUAUACCAGCUUGCGGCGGUAUCCUAAAAUCGCUGAGUGGCACAAUCCAAUCACCGCAGUCGGCCAACGAGCAGGGCAAGUACCCUCAUAACAUGUACUGUGUAUGGGAAGUGGCGGCACCUGCCGGAUAUGUCAUACAACUUACAUGGUCUCACUUCUCACUGGAAGAAACUCGUAACUGUGCACUUGACUAUGUAGUUGUAUCCGACAACUCCAGUGCGGAUGGUAGCAGUGCUAAUAUCCUAGGAAGAUAUUGUGGGAGAAGUUUGCCACCACAGAUGAUCUCCAAAGAUAAUUUUAUGAAAGUUAUAUUCAUAAGUGAUGUCACUGUGGCCAGAGAAGGAUUCUCAGCCAACUACAUUAUGAAAAAUGUCACUAUGAACUCGAAGCCUCAAUUGAUGGUUUCGCAAGGACUUAGGCCGAGAAGACAAACAGAUGGACUUCCCGAGCUUCCGGACUACGAAUUAGGAAGAGAAAGAAGAGAAACACGAGUAGAUGGACAUCCCGAGAUUCCAAAUUCUGAAUCUUCGUUACCUAGAAAAGAACUUCGAAUAGAAAAACUCUCUUGGUCUCGUCAGCCCCAUAUAGUUCCAAGAUUAAAAAGACAAAGCAACAUUCCAGCACCUCCUCCCAUUCCUGAGGUUGACGACGGAAGUCCACUCUGACGAGUUGAGAAGCGAUACAACAGUUUUUAGUAGGAUUUCUGCAGAUAAUUUGUAUAUUUUCAAUCCCUUCUGCAUAUUCUCUACGCUUUUGAUUAGAGUAACGUAAUUAAUAUUCUUUCACGAAAAAAUUGUUAUACUGAUUUUUUUAAGUGAAUAAAGUCUAUAUUGAAAAAUA